AUGGAUGCAGAGAAGAUAUUUCCACUCAAGUUUGAUUUUUCAGAGAGAGCAAAUGCAAUUUCUGAAGCUACUUUUCUCUUCCAGAAUCCAGGGAUCGAUAUUGGUGACAUUUCUGAAAGAGUAGCAUUGAGAAAGCACCUUAAGUGUAAGAAUUUCCAGUGGUAUCUGGACAAUGUGUAUCCAGAAAUGAGAAGAUAUAACAAUACAGUGGCUUAUGGCGAGGUGCAUAACAACAAGGCAAAAGAUUUUUGCCUAGAUCAGGGUCCGCCAGAAAACCACACAGCCAUUCUAUAUCCAUGUCAUGGGAUGUCCCCUCAGCUGGUGAGGUAUACGACAGAUAGAUAUCUGUACCUUGGGUCCCUGGGCUCUACUGUCCUACUGCCAGACACCCGUUGCCUAGUGGACAACAAGAAAAGCCGAUUUCCUCAGCUUCUAGAUUGCGAAAAAGUGAAAAAUGUUUACCAGAAGUCCUGGCGCUUUGUACAGAAUGGAUCAAUCCUUAAUCUGGAAACUGGCCGUUGUUUAGAGGUGGAGAAUAGCAAAAAAACCGAUUUUGGAAUGGAGCUGGUUUUACAGCAAUGCUCAGGACAAAAAUGGACAAUUAAAAAUGUCUUAAAGCAAGCAAUCUAGUCAUGGACAGGAAGCUGGAAUUCUUUGUACUGCAAUAGACUAGAAACUUUAGAACGCUGUUGUUAUGGAUUUUGACAAGUCUCAAGUCUCCAACACCAUUCAGGUGAUUGAUACAAAUCCAAACUGGACUAUGUCUUCAGGCCAGGAUUUAAUUUUAUUUUUAUUUUUAUUUUGAGAUUUAGAAAUAUGAAAAUCAUUUUAUUGAAUGUUCUAAUGUUAUCAAAUGAAAAGAAGUCUGUUGGAAAAUAUCUGUACAAUAAAUUAAAAUAUUAUCUGUGUUUAAAAUUUGUAUAGUAUACACUGUAAAGUACCUUGGUCAAAGCUAACCAUUGAUAUAUGAGGCUAAAUGAAAUAAGCGCGGUUAUUAUUUUUCAACAAUUAUGUGUCAAUAUGUUUCAUUUUAGAUUUCAUGUUGAUACUUAGCCUUUGAAGAUUGUGUGAUCUUAGUUUGGGCAAUUAUCCCAGUGUGCAUGAAUCCACAAGUGCUAAACUGCCUUCACAUUUGAAAUGAGCUUGUCAUCAAGUACUGGUAUUAUAUACAUCAACUAGAAAUGCCAUGAAGAGUAUUAAAAUGGAAUGGAACUAUUGCACUGAUGCAUUGCAGAAUGAUCUGCAGUUGGGGUUCCAGCACUUUGCUGCGUAAGUGCUGAGCUAGAGAGUUCUGCACUGUUCCUCACUGUGGUAAACAUACUGUCACAGUUCUCACUGUUUCACAGUACCUCGGUUUUGCACCUUGGUAAACACAUACAGAUUUAAAGCAAAAAGAACAAAUAUUGAAAACUUGCCAAAUAUCGUCAUUGGAUACAAUGGAUCCUCUUAUUCGUGGAAUAAUUUUGCAAAGGGGUAAAAGGCUAAGAAUGGAACAAUACAACAGAAUUCAACCAAACAGGAUCCUGUAUGGCACAGAUCAAAGGGGACAGAAAUAUGACAUACAAUAAGAUUGAUUUUGUCGGAACAAACUAGGACUUGGUACAACUUUUGAAAUACAUUGUCAGGAAUUUCCUUGUAUCAAUAUUGCAUUUGCUGUCUGUG